AUGGUUUUGCGAAGUGGUUACACCCACGGGUGCUACUUGGAGCGAAACAAACACCCAGAAACGUGCAUCGACGAUUUUGAAAGCGUUAGUUUUAUCGAAUUUUGCGAAUUUUUUUGAAAAUCAGUUACAGGAAGACAGUAUGAAAGAAAUGGCGUGUGAAGUGCGCGACGAUAGCUAUUAUUCGUUAGAAAAUUGCAAAAUCUGUUGUCCGUACCGAUCGGAAGACGUUUCAUCGACUUCCGAUGUGGUGAGUUGCAAUCAUGACGCAAGUCUUAUUAAAUUAUUUUUCAUUAAGAAUGGUGAUUGGCAUCCUUCUUUUGAUACGUUUUACUCGUCGGAUACUGCAUCAACGGCACCAAGUUCAAGGCCAUCAUUGGACGGGACAUCCCUUCCAAAACAAGUCAAUUUGAAGGAAGUUCACGGUUAAUCAAUGUUGUUUGUUUUUAGACUUCUGAUGCUCAAGCCUUCGAUCAGGGAUAUGUAAGCGCAAUGAGCAGUUCUACCCAACUGGCUCAAGGAAGUGCUUUCUCGCCGCCAACUUCCUUCAACGAUUUUUUCCUUGAUUCUAGGUGAAUCGAAUGAAAGUAGAAGUUAUACAACUUUUUUUUAGUAAAAGUAAUAGAGAUGAGAAAAGCGGCGAUGAAAGUGAAGACGCUUUCGCGACCGAUUCUGCGAAUAAACUGGAGAAGGAGGAUGAAAGUAAAAUAAAAUAGUAUAAAAAUUGAAAGUUAAAAACUUUUUUUUUAGAACUUUGGAUGCCGAGGGUCGAACCAGGCGAGAUUAAAAAGCAUAUCGGUUGGUAUAAUCGCUUGCUUGAAAUGCGAUACGCAUAUUUGAGAGGAGAGUAAGUUUGAAAUUUCAAUUUUUUAUGUAAUAUUUUCCUUCUUUUUAAACCUUCAUUAAGUGUACUUUAUGACCUUCUGAGCCUAAGAAAGCCAACUGUUUUUUCAGUAGUUUAGCUGUGAUGCUUUGAAAUUUGCAAACUACACAAGUUUGAAAAAAGGCGCUUUUUAAAGCGUCAUACUUACAUCGACUGUGAAGGAACCAAAUCUUUAUUUUUAUCAUAUUUUCAAGGUACCUUGAGUUAACUGGGAACUAAAAAAUUUUCUUAGGACCUAUAAAAUCCAAAUUUAUUAACGCACAGUUAUACAACGGUCUCCAAGUUUAAGGCGUUUGUUUUGAAUCGGAUGAUUUAAAAGUUAACUUCAGUCAACAGAGAGCUGAAAAUUUUUUUUAAAAACCAAAAAAAAACACACUUCUACAACGGUCUCCAAGUUUAAGACGAGGUGUCGUUCCUCCGGCUCCCCCGCCGCCGCUCUCUUCAACCCUGAUCUGCGCCAGUAUAUCGCCGAUGAAAAACCCCUUUGACUUGGUCAAAAACACGCACCCAUUCAUUAAGGUUCCACUGCGAAUUUGGUCCGAUAUCUUGCAUUGUAGGAACAGAUGGAUAUCAAGAACCGCAAGUCGAAAAGCGAAAUUUACCGACGUCUUCUGAUACCGCUGCCGCCGCCGCACAUUUUCACCGCGACGAUCAACCAACUGCCGCCCCACGAGUACGUCGAGUUUACUUACGCCUUGGCUUCGGCUGCUCUUCACGAAAUUGGGGCGGUUUGAAAAAAGCGGAAAAUCUUGAAACUAGUGUUGAAAUUUCAGAAAGUACCCUCGUCUCUGCCGUCCAUCCCACCAGAAAUCAUCCCCAUGCCGGAGAAUAUCCGAAUGAUGGACAAUACCAACUCGAGCAGCGAUUCGGAUGAUUCGAGAUCGACGAUUUUCUCCUCGGAAGGCGAAUAUUCUGACGAGUCCGAGUCGGCCAAGCAACAGAGGAAGAAAAGGAAGGCGGCUAGCAAGUUGAGGGUGAGGAAAGAGUGAAAAAAUAAUUUUCUCUGUUAAUUUCCGUUUUUAAAGAUUUUUAUCAAAGUUCAGCUGUGAACGUUUAUACAGGGAUUUUUUGUUUUUAGAGUUCUCUAUCUUUGAAAUUUUUCUUUCGAAAGAAAAUUCAUGAAUUUCGGUGGUUUUAAAAACCUGAAACUUGUAAAUUUCCGUAAAAUUAAAAAAAAAAAAGCAAGUUUGAAAGUAUCCUUUUCUGACUCAUAAAGCCUACAUUUUUUGGAAGCAUAUCCAGGUGGGCUUCUGCGAAAUUUUUAAGUGGUCACUAAAGAGUUUUGAAGUUUCCGUGGCCACUAUAGUAGUCUUGGUGGCCGUUCAAGUGAUUGAAACUAAAGAGCCUCUAUGGAUGUCUCAGUGUCACUUCCGAACCCCUAAAAACUACUAUAAAGGCCACUAAGUCGCAAAAUGGUGGCCACUAAAAAUGUUGCCAGAUUUCUUUCAUAGUUUUAAAGUCCCAAAAAGUUUGUAGAAUAAAGAAGCCAUUUUUAUCCUUGCACUUCGUUCUUUCAUAUAUCGGUCAAUAAUUUGCGAUUUCACAUGAUAUUUAGAUCCGAAAAUCGAAUCAUGAAUCCUCCCGAAGAGAUUUGAGACUGAAAUUUACAAUUUUCCAGAGAGCCCAGCGGCUGGAGAGACACCUAGAGCGUCGCCGACACCAACAGGAGAAGCGUUCGGAGAAGAUGCGACAGUGUCUGGAGGGCAACCCCUUGAUACCGCCGAAAAUGGUGCCUCCAUUGCCGUUGGCGAUACCGCAUCCGAUGAUGAUGAUGCCGUUCAAUUUGCCGCCGGUCCACCGUCCCAUCCAGCUCCAACAUCAUCAACCAGCACCCAAACCACGCCCGUCGAAUAACAACACCAACAGCCACAUGUUCAACACCCACAAGACGUUACUGCAACAUCAGCCACGUCCCAGCGCCGCCCGUAGCCCUACCACUGACACCAUCUCCCGUUCUAGCCCUCGCCCAUCCGCUUAG